AUGCUCCUAUUCCCAUUCUUAUUCCUGGGAGCCGUUACCAAUUUGCGACACCCACAAGAGCGCCGGAGAAAUCAGGAACCUGAACUCGGCGAAGCAUUCCCUGAUGACCCGUUUAAUGGACCAUUCGGGGAACGCGACAAUCAUCAGUAUCCAGAGGACUGGUUUGCCGAUGGGGACGAGGUAUUGCCGGGCCUCUGGCAGAUCGGAUACCCGGCACGUUUCGGAACGUUGGAUGCGGCGGCGGACGAAGAUCCCACGAAUCCACGUCGCCCUCCAAAUUUUGUGCCUCCUCGCUUUCCGACGGAUCGUGAGAGGGCCUAUCAGGAGAGGACGGACGUCCACUACCAGCGAACUCUGAAGAGUAUGCUAGGGCGCAGCAACUACAGUUUCAGAGACUGCGGGAAGCGCGUGCGCAAAAGGCGGCUGAUAAUCCGCAUCCGGUACCCAGAAGACUGGUUCGCCCAUGGGGAGGAGCUAUUGCCGGGCAUAUGGCGGAUAGGGUAUCCGGCGAGAAUGGCAAUUUGGGGCGAUCCGGCGGACGAAGACCCCACGAAUCCACGUCGUCCCCCAAACUUUGUGCCUCCCCGCUUUCUUACCGAGCGUGAGAGGGCCUAUCAGGAGAGAACGGACGUCCACCACCAACGCACGCCCGAAGAAUACGCUAGAGUGCAGCAACUGCAAUUUGACAGAAUGCGGCAAGCACGCUUAGAAGCAAGGGCUGCCGAUCCAAAUACGGAGCUCAACAAAGUCACGAAGAAAGACGAACCCGAGGAGCGGUGGAAAGAUCAUUGGGCUGAGCUUAAGAGGAGCUUGACGACACGAGGGCCCGACCAGCCCGGCCCUUCGAACUCUAGGAAACGAAAACCGGAAGAUGAUCGGGAUCCACCGGGAGAACAAAAAUAUUACCGCCCCAGUCUUCGCGACAGCACCGCCGCCAUGCGGUGCCUAUCCCAAUUCUGGCUGCUCACCCUCAAGAAUCUGAUUCUCAUGUGGCGGAACAAGGUGUGGACGCUGGUGGAGCUCAUCCUUCCGUUGCUCAUCGGCGUGCCGCUGCUCAUCAAAGCCGGCGAUUGGGUGGAACCCAAGCAGGAUCGAGGCUCCAAUUUUGUCGGUCUCCAACUAUUGACGAUGAGCCCCACCCCGAGCACCUACGUCUACACCGUCGUUAUUCCCGGACAACGCGACAUUGCGGCGUUGUUGAUGACAACCUACCAGGAGGUCAUCAAGGAAGCUGAAAACGAAACUUGGCCGCCCCCGCGCCUUUAUGACACGAGAGAGGCCAUGGCGACGUUUCUGGCGGAUGAUCCCUGGCAACACGACGCACCCAGUCCAGGUCCGCGAGGAGCGUUUGGCAUCGCGAUCUUGAACAUCGACGUGAAGGCUGCCGUGUUCGACUACCGUAUCUGGGUGCCCGGCAUGGCAGCAGAAUGGAAAUUCGAUCAGAAUUGGGCCUUCUUCAACUCCUUAACCGAUGAGCUCGGCGGCACCACCAUCAACAGGGUUUCGCCCUAUGCCGCGAAUCGCGCGCUGAAGAUGCAGUGGCUCCUUGACGACGCCUUCAUCAAGAUGACCACCGCGAAGGGGCCUAGCCCUAGAGACCGCAAGGAUGUCGACUACGUUUCGUUCCCGGCCAUGGCGCCGCCCCUGAAAGAGGCCGCAUAUAUGAUGCCCUACUACUCGGGUAUGCUGGCCCUCCUCCUCUUGCCCACCAUCAUUCACCUCGCCAGGGACAUCUCGUUCGAGGUCGAGAUCGGGCUCAGGGAAUACAUGCAAGUGAUGGGUCUCUCCCCGCUGCUCUUCUACCUCAGCCACGCCUUCGUCGCGUGGUUCAAGUCGAUGCUCUUGCUCCCGUUCCUCUUCUACCCGCUGUGGAAGUAUUUUGAAGUACGUCUACUUGCUCUAGCUGGGGCUCGAUUGCUCCAG